AUGGCGACAUUCAUCUGGGCAUUCGGGGAUAGGAUUCUAAAUGCUGCACACCAGGCAGUUGUUGUGACCGGGGAAGAGCGGAAACCAAGCGCCAGUAUGAACGAAGCAUUAGCAAUGCCCAUCAGAAAAUAUGGGGAUCCGCCGCUCCAGCCUAUUUUCCCAGCGCCUCGACGCGUCUCGCCUGCCUGUGGUAUACUUGACAAUUCAGUUCUUCGUGGAUUCAUCAUUUAUCCUCCACCAAAGCGCUCGCAUUCUUCACACUACCCAUUGCUGUGCGGCCAGGUUGCUUAUGGCCCCAAUGCGCAACGCACUGAAUGCAGGUCCAGCGCUGCGGUACGCACAUCGCCGAGAUUGAUUUUGUCUCACCGUAGAGCUCUGCACGCAAAUUCUAGGCGUCGGAACAUACCCAAUUUACCAUGUGCAUGGGCACCAGAGCGAGGACUAUCAGAUACUGCAUGA